AUGGCAAAAAGAGGCGAGCUUCGACUAGAUUCGCGGGACGGAAAUACACUCUGCCGGCUUCUAAGCGAGAACCAAGAGAUUCAGGAGAAUCGACACCAGACAGGCUCGAAGGAGCCACGCUGCUUCGGCUCUGAGAAUUUGAGACGGCACUACAGUAGCUCGGUUUCUCCCCCUUACUCCCCCACGUCGAUUGCUCUCCCCCGGAUUUGUUCUGGUCUAAGAAUUGAUCAUGGUCAAGCGUGGUCUCGCAUAUGGCGAGUCCCUGACCUCGCCUCUGUUCAGUAUCAGGUUCAUACUUCGGCACCGAGAAGAGGUCGCCAGCGAACUGCUGGCCUCGAACGUAUACGCCUCGUUCAGUCGACAUCGUACUGCUUCGAGAGGAAGCGGAAGGCCGUCGGCAGCGAGUCUCGAGAUGUCCGACGGCAUUUGAAAGUGACGAGCAAUCGCCAGUUUUUUUUGGCAGUUUUCUCGUUUUCUCGAACCUGCAAGCUUUCCGCCGACUUGUCGAGCGCAUACAUGGAGCAGACCAACUACCCCGCGCACUACGGUGCAUUGCCAGAUAGAUCUGCGCAGGUCUUUGCCACAGACUCCCACGAGCCUCGUGCGCCGCGUCCCUUUGAGGCGACGCAUACUGCAUCCAACGAUACAUACGGUACAGGUGCAAUUGCAGCCCAUCCGCAGCCAGGCGCUAUGGCCGAGGGUCAUUCGCCCAUGUCGAGCUAUCGUGGAAGCUUCUCGCAUCCCUCCAACAUGGGAUUGCCGCAUCACCGCCAGGACUCGAUCUCCUCCAUCUCGUCCCCCCACGAUGUGACCGGCGGCUGGGCUCCUUCUUCUCCCGGCUUGACCGCAAGCCGACACGCAUCCAUCUAUUCGCUCAAUGGUCAAUUUGACCAGGUCGGUUUGGGCAGCAGCAUCGACAGCGGUUCUACCGCAAGCCACUUUUACGACCAGUCCCCUCCUUUGCACACCCAGGUCAGGUACGCACAAGGUCAGGCCGCAGACGCCCGACGCUUCUCGCUAGACGAACGGGCGAUCCGCACGCAGCCCCAGCUUGGCAAAUCCGGCCUGGCCUCGGCUGAUUACCAGGUGCCCGGAUCUUCCGGUCGUCAUUGGCCAUGGGGUGCCAAUUCCUCUUCUAGCAUUCACGGCCGCCAUGCUUCCGUCUCUGCUGCGCCGCCGCAGGGCUACGACCAUAACCGCAUGGCCUACGGCGCCAAUUCGGGCAUGCAACCCGGCUAUAGCUACGAUGCAAACGCCAUGUCUGCCAUGUCGCCUCGCUACCGAUCCAUGAGUAGUUCGGCCGCCAGCGGUCGCGCCUAUGGGAACGGCUAUGGCGCCCCUGGUACCGCUGCCCACGCUGUUGCCGCCAUGGGCUACGGCAUGGCGCCCCACCUCGGUCCCGGCAUGAUGCUCGAAGGCGAUCUCUCUGGGCCCGGUCCUGCCCGCAGAGCCAAGUUCAAGCGUAGCCGAACUGGCUGCCUUGUCUGCCGAAAGAGGAAGGUCAAGUGUAGCCAGGACGGCACGCCUUGCAAGCAGUGCCGUAUCGGCAAGCGCGACUGCCAUUACGAUGACAGCCCUCAGAAGAAGAAGUCCACCAAGAAAGAGCGCUCGAGCGGCUCGAUCGAUGCCAGCAGCUCCGAGAAGGGCUCCAACGGCAUCGCCCCAGCUCUUGCUCAAAUGGGCGCCGAGCAGCAUCAGAAUGGUCACAUGAACUCGACCGAUCCCUACUACGCCACUAUGGGCGCACUCGACCACCGCACCGACUCGAGCUCUGGCAGCGCAGGCGGUGUCACCUUCUCGAUGCCCUUCUCGAACCAGCCCACGCCUGUCACGGCUCACUCGUCGACCACUGACAGCACCUGGUCCAACCCAUCUCCUUUCGCCCCUGGACCGCAUGGCGAGACCCAUCCGGAGACGCACCAGGUCACUGCUGCUCACGCGGACGGCUACGGCUGGCCCGCCAAGCAGGACCACGUGCCUGCCCAAGCCACAUCCUAUGCCGAUCCUUCUGUCGACCGAAACGCAGGCUACUGGAGCCAGCACCCGACUGCCUAUCCACCUCGCGCUAGCAAGCUUGAGGUGUCUGAAUCCUAG